UUAGAUUAUCACCAUGUCGAACGCAAUGAAAUGCUUCCACCUCUCGCCAUAUUGAACGUUUGUUUGCAUGCAUACGUAAAACAAGUUUAGCAAGAACUAUUUAUUUACCGCUAAAAAUCGUUACGAAAAUUGCUUAAAACAGUUUUUUCAAGCUCACUAUUAUACAUUAGUAAUCGAUUAGUGGGAACAAUAUAUUUAUAUAUAUAUAUAUAUACACAUAUAUAUCUGGUUAAGUGAAUGGCGUUAAUCGUUUGUGUGUGUUCAUGUGUAUUUCUGCGUGGAUAGUAAAUGAUUGCAAAAUAAAAACAACAACAACAACAACAACAACAAUAAUAAUAAUAAUAAUAAUAACAUUACAAAUCUUAAUUAGAAAGUUUGCACAACCGAUGCAUUGUGUGAGAAAAACAAUAAAAAGAAAAAUCAAUUAACUUGGAUUAAACAUAGUGUGAAAAUAAUGAUAGUGAAAGCCGACGGCGCUAUAACUGGUAAUACUGCAAAUGUGAGGAUAAUUUCGCUAAACUAAUCUUGCAGAAAUUGGAUUUUGUUUCAUUUAAUCAGAUUCGCUUUUGUGGAUACAGUAAAGAGAAUUUAAUAGAGUUACUCAUUGUAAACAUUGCAUAGUUUUGGGCCCAUAUAGAUUAUGGGCAUAUCUGAGGAAGUCAAGCUGGACGAGUUACCACAAGAAGCCAAAUUAGCUCAUCAGGAUGCUAUUCCUGACCGUUCGGCCUCCUGCACUGUUACCGCUGUCGGUUGUGCCCCAAGCGGUGGUACAAACAGUCCAAUCUCCGAUGCAAACAGCGACGGUGAAUUAGAUGAUUACGCUCCGAAACGUAAACAACGUCGCUAUCGUACAACAUUUACCAGCUUUCAGUUAGAGGAAUUGGAAAAAGCGUUCUCGCGCACUCACUAUCCUGAUGUUUUCACACGAGAAGAGCUGGCCAUGAAAAUUGGUUUAACUGAGGCACGCAUACAAGUUUGGUUUCAAAAUCGUCGCGCUAAAUGGAGAAAACAAGAGAAAGUGGGUCCGCAAUCGCAUCCUUAUAAUCCGUAUUUACCUAGCGGGCCGGGAGCUAUUCAAACAGUGGUUAGUUCGACAUUGCCACCAAAUCCGUUUACUCAUUUGGGUUUUGCCAACUUACGCAAAUCAUUUGAGGCCCCCGCCAAUUUAGCCGCAUUUCGUUAUCCCCAUUUAUCCGGAGCUCCUCAUCUUUUACCCACGGGAUAUUUUAAUCAAUUUCAAAGAGCUCCACCGCAUAUGCUACCGCCGGCUAUGGCGUCCAUGUAUUCGCCGUCGACGUCAUUUCAAUCGCUUCUGGCCAAUAUGACGGCAGUCCCACGUCCACCAUCUGUGGCAGCUAAGCCUCCAAUUUUGAUUAGUUCGCCCGAUUUACAUUCGCCCAAUCACUUGAUUGGCUCACCUCCUACGUCGCCGGCUUCAGUUUCUUCACAAUCGGGUUCUGCGGGAGCAACGUCACAAUCCUUACCGCCGGUAUCGCAAAUUCCAUCAAUUUCUUCGCAAGCCGCAGCCGUAAGCUUAUCAUUGGCUCAUCAAACACUUCCGGCGGCGAUGAACGCUCCGCCCCACAAUGUGCCACAGGCUCCUGUCAUUUUACCAUCCCAUCAUUCGCCCCAACAACCGGUUUCAUCAACACCGACCGGAAGUAAUGUUCGCUCUAGUACCCCACCUGAAGAUCGCCGCACUUCGUCUAUCGCUGCUUUACGCCUUAAAGCUCGGGAACACGAACUCAAACUGGAAUUGCUGCGUCAAAACGGUCACAACGAUGUGCUCAGCUAAUAGUCACUUAAUCAACCAAUAAUUACAACUAACUAACUAAGACCACAAUUAC